AUGAGUUUAGGUCUUGGUAAAGAAUUUAACUCUAAAGCAGAGUUUGACCAUGCAUGUAAAAAAUAUUACGAAGAAACUGGAAGAAAGUUUACUUUUUCGUGUAAUUACAUUGACACGAGAAAUUUAAAGAAAGUCAUUAAAAAUCGUAACCUCGAAAUCUACUACUGCUUGGCGAGAUGCAGACAUCACCGCGAACCUAAAGUUCUAAAAAAACGCGUGCAUGAUUGUCUCUUAAUUGCAGGAGGAACUAGAAUUAUAGAGAACAGUCAAGUAGACAAUUGGUUGUCUUAUAUUUGUGAUCCUUUAAAGAACCCUAAUAAUCUUACUACUUUAAAAGAGCUUCUGAACACCAUAUUAAGUUGUCUCUUAAUUGCAGGAGGAACUAGAAUUAUAGAGAACAGUCAAGUAGACAAUUGGUUGUCUUAUAUUUGUGAUCCUUUAAAGAACCCUAAUAAUCUUACUACUUUAAAAGAGCUUCUGAACACCAGUCUGUCCAAGAACUGGUUGAUGACUUAG